AAAUAGUUAACUAUUUUAGCAGCUUUCAAUUUUGCAACUGUCAUCUUUUGAGAUUUAACUUAAACAAAAAACGCCAUUUUUUAAAAAUGGAAGAAUACAAACUCUAGAAAAAAAUGUAGAAGAAAAGUUUCCCGAUCGUAUUGUUUCUUGAUUACAUAUUCAACAUGUUUCUCACCCGGAAUGAUGUACUCAAUCAACUUAUCGAACUUUAUAACUGCCUUGACUUUGCAAAUAGUCACAAUUUUAUGGAUGAUACAAAAUCUGCCAGGGAAUUACAUUGUCCAAUUGUUCGGAGUUUUCUUUUUAACGAAAUUGAAAAAUUUUCCAAAGUAAUUAUCGAAGAUCUAUUGGCCAUUGAACUCUUUGAUUUCGAGUUCGCAAGUAAGGUUUACGAAUUUGAAAAAACCUUGUUUGAAAAGAGAAUAAAAAAUGCCAUCAAAAAAUAUCUAGGGAAAUUUGAAUACGAAAAAAUCUUACAAAUUGUGGGGAACUUUAAGUAUGACCUCCAAGCAAUAAUGGGUUAUGAGGCAAUUUUCGAACAAAUUCAUGACGAAUCGAAGGAUACCAAGAAAUCAUAUGAUCUCUCACAGAAACUACAAGAAAUGAUUGAUACACCGUUAUUUAGUCAACAAACAACCGAAAAACAGACCCGUUUAACAAAAAUGGCAAAAUGUUUACCAAUUUAUCCCCACCAUCUUGGAGAUACAACUAAAUUGCUUAUAACAAAUAUUGGUAAUAAGGCUCAUCUGAAUGUUGAAAUGGUUCGUGAAAAUUCGUCUACAGUCGGCUUUCCGACUUUAAUAUUUGAUUCUAAGCAAUUGAAUUGGACUGUUCAUCAUUUUAGAGAUGAAAAUGAGAAUCUUUAUGAAUUUAAAAGUCCACAAGGUCAACUCUUGUGCUGGGUAAAACCAUUUUCUAAAUUUUUGGGACGAAUAGUUCCAGCAGAAACGAUUCUCAUGGAUAGGACUAUGGCAAAAAACACAAAGUGGAAAAUUGAAUGUCUCGAUCAGUUGGGAGAUCCUUCAAAAGGGUUUACUAUUAAAGCUUCAGAUUGUAAUAUUUUUCUUAGUGGAGCACGUACUGGAGAGUUUUCGGUGGUUGUCGAUGUUUUGAAGGAAUUAGACUUGGAGCAGAGCGAAAGGUGUGCAUGGACAUUUCAUCGUAUUGAAUAUGAGUAAAAACAUAUUCUUUCUGACGUAUUUGUACAUGAUUUUUUUAAUCAUGGUAUUAAGGAAUUAUUAAUUAUUAAAUUUUCUUGAAGAAAUUGAAA